AUGCCUACCUCCAAGAAAUCCUCUUCUUCUUCCGCAUCCUCCCUUGAAACCUAUCAUUCUGACCUUGCUCUUUGUGAAAGACAAGGCCUUGUCAAAGCUGCCCUUCUAUCUCGUGACUGUAUCCUUCCCCUCAAAUCAUUCUUCUGUGAAGAUCUUGAUGCCCUAGCUCAGAUCACCACCUUCUGCGCCGCUGAUCUUACUAUUGCUUAUACCAACUCCAUGAUGAUCGACGACAAAGCCAGACUCGUUGUCUCCCAACAAGCAAAAAUCAAGCACCUCACCCUCCGAUGCUUGAUGGAUAAAGGAAUCGAGUCGGCCAUGACUCUUCCCGAUUUCCCCAGACCAGACGAUUAUUUACGCUCUUCUUGCUAUUCUAUAACCCUCUCCCCAGAACCCAUGAUGCAGACCAUCCCCACCUCCCCUUCGUUCUCUGACGAUGACACCCCCAUCCCUAUCCCUCCACAGUCCCAAUUCGCUGUCCGCUCCCUGGGAAACCCAUGCCAUGAACGAAAGAAAAGAAGGGAGACCAUCUCCUUUGGUGUCGGACUCUCACGUCCUAUUAAUCCCGCUUCCCCCUUUGUUGAAGAUAAAGAAUAUAUCUCCAACUCCGUCCAAGCUCAAUCUGAAGAAACUUUCCGUGAUCGCAAUGGUGUCGAUUACUCCACCAUCACCUGUCGUUAUUGCAGCGAAGAAGACCAUCGCCAGAUCAAAUGUCCCAAGUACUUCUGCCGUGUCUGCAAUAAGCACGAACCCCGCCACCUCUCCUCUAACUGCCCAGAUCUUAUGGGCAAAUGUAUCAUCACCACCAAACCCGGCACCUAUGCCUUUCAUUAUCAACUCAGGCAAUGGGAAAACGAGAGAGACAACAAGGCAGACAAGUAUAAAGGUCAAUUCGCUAAAGACGCUGAUCUCGACCCGGAGCUUUACCAGAAUUGUGAUUGA